CCCUCCUCCCUCCUCCCUCGUCCAGAAGAGAAGACUGUAGGUAGUUGGCUACUGGUAGGUCGCCAGACUCGACACAAUUUGAUUUGAUGUAGGAGCGCACUGCUCUUCAAGAGAGGCACGAUGCGAUCUAUUGAAGGCGUAAUUGGCCCCGCUGCUGCUUUUUUUCUGCGAUAAGUAGGGCAAGGGGGAAGUCAUCACACGACUGCCAUAUAAUACUACUAAUUGGUGGAACCAUCUGCUGAGGCACAUUGGGACGUCUGAUCCACUUCGAGCUCAAAGUGUGGGUGCCAGAUCGCAGCAGACCUGAGUGAGCCACAGUGCUUGACAGCGGUAAGAAGGUGGAGGCAGAGGAGGAGUAGGAGGACGGAAAGGAGGUGCAGCAGCAGCAGCAGGAGCAGCAGCUAUACUGUCUCACCGAGGUUGGCGCACAGCUCCGUCGGCUGCAGCGCCGGUGGUGGAGCAUGAUGGGAUAGGUGCACUGCAGCAGCAGGACCAGCUGCUAAUGAGGAGACCGGGGGGCAGCCGAAGCUGCUGUACAGUGUCUACUAACUCGAACAACAAGAUGGCGAUGGAUUUCCGAUCUGGCGGACGGGUAUGGCGUGGGCUUGAGUUUCUGCCUCACAUCCUCAAGAUUCGGCCUACUGUCUCGUUUGUGUACGCCUUCAUGCUGCUGUUAGGCAUUAGCAUGCUCGUUCUCUACCCUUUCAACAGCAACCUUAAGCUGGGGGGAUCACAAGAAGGCAAGUGCACCCAUCCAAAUUUCAACCUGACAAGGUCUGAGCUGCUCGAGGAGUAUGGAGCUAAGCUGUAUUUCUACACUCAUGUGUCGGGAGCAGAGCUGAUAUCGGUUGUCCUUAACGAUGCGAACAAGGUCUUUGCUAUAUCAUUCCGGACCCCUGUUGAUAGUGACCAGGGCAUGCCUCAUAUCUUGGAACACAGUGUUCUCGAUGGGAGUACCAAGUACCCUGUCAAGGAGCCCUUUGUUGAGCUCCUAAAGGGCUCCCUAUACACCUUCCUCAAUGCUUACACGUACCCAGACAGAACUGUGUAUCCCUCAGCAAGUGUGAACCAGCAAGACUUCCGUAAUCUUGUGGAUGUCUAUCUGGAUGCUGUGUUCAAUCCAGCUUGUGUGGAAAAUAAGUUCAUAUUCCAGCAGGAAGGAUGGCGGUACGAGCUCGACAGCGCAGACGGUAAUAUAACCCUCCAAGGCGUCGUGUACAGUGAGAUGAGGGGGGCCUAUUCGGACCCCGAUCAGCUCGUUGCGCGGUAUACGCAGCAGGCUCUGUUCCCAGACAACACGUACAGGUUUGAAAGUGGCGGGGAUCCAGAGACCAUCCCCUCUCUGACCUACGAUACGUUUCAGGACUUCUACAAGAAGUUCUAUCACCCUUCCAAUGCGAGGGUGUGGUUUUACGGCAACGACGAACCCUGCGAGAGACUGGACAUCUUGGACAGUUACCUCCGAAACUAUGAUCCCUACCCCGAGGCAAGGACGACCUCCGUCAUUCAACACCAGCCACCGUUCGCGGCGCCGAAGACAGUGCAGCAGUUCUAUCCUGUGACAAGCACUCAGGCCAAGGCAACCGUGACUGUGAAUUGGGUUCUGGACCACCAGGACACUCCUAUGGACAUUGAAGAACAGACAGCUCUUGCUGUACUCAAUCAUCUUUUGCUGGGCACACCUGCAUCCUUGCUGAGCAAGGCUCUGAUGGAUAGCAAGCUGGGAGACAUGCUUGUGGAUGACGGCGUCGAUGGUACGUUGCUGCAAACUGUAUUUGUUGUGGGCCUCAAGGGGGUGGCCUUAGACAAACUGGCCGAAGUCGAGCAGGUGGUCCUGGACACACUGCGGCUUGCGCGCGACAAAGGGUUUCCUCAGCUUGCAGUAGAUGCGUCACUUAACACCAUCGAGUUCAGCCUCCGCGAGAACGACCCCGGGACCAAACAGCCCAGGGGACUUGUGCUGUUCCUGGCAGCGCUGACAAACUGGCUCUAUGACGAGGACCCCAUGGAUGAGCUCCGCUUCGAAGGUCCCUUGAGAAGUCUGCGCGCAAGGUUGACCAGUCCGGAAGCCGUCCGCGACGUCUUCGGUCAGUUGAUCGACAACCGCUUUUUGAAGAACACGCACCGGGUCACCAUACACCUGCUGCCGAAAGUCGGGCUUGGGGAAGAAACAGUGCGAAAAGAACAGGAGAAGCUGCUUGCGUACAAAGCAAGCCUCAGCCCUCAGCAGCUGGAUGCUCUGGUUGCUGAGACGCAUGCAAUCCACGCCUGGAUGAACAAAACUGAUGAUCCCGCGGACCUUGCCAAGGUGCCUGCCUUGCGGCUCGAGGAUAUCGACAGGAACUCCCCCCGCAUCCCGACAAUCGUGUCCGGAUUCCAGGACGCAACCAUCUUAGAGCAUCCGUUGGACACAAAUCGGAUUCUCUACGUCGAUGCCGCCUUCAGUUUGCGUUACGUGGACUCGUCUCUACUGCCCCUCACCGUUCUGUUGAUCAACUCUCUCGUAGAAAUGGGAACGGCAGAGCAGGACUAUGUCGAGUUCAGCCAGACAAUCCACUCAAAGACAGGCGGCAUAAGUGUGAGCAUGGAGGUCAUAUCGGUUCAAGGGAGUGACGACCCAGCGACGUAUCUGGUCGUGUCGGGGAAGAGUGUGGAAAAGAAUGCAAAAGAUCUCUUCGACCUGAUGUACAAGGUGUUGGUCGACGUUAAACUGGAUGAUAAGCAGAAGUUUGCGGAAAUAGUUUCGAGAACGAGGCGGAAGCUGGAAGACAAGUUCAUUAGCAAAGGGCAUCGUCUUGCACUAGUCCAAAUGCAGGGCAAGGACAAUACAGCGGGCUGGAUCUCACAGCAGUGUGGAGGCCUGAGCUUCUUGCUGUACCUCCGUCUGCUUGAAGCGAAGCUUGAUCAGACCUGGCCGCAGGUGAUGGCCUCAAUGCAGGACCUUCGACGCCAAGUGGCGACUCUCACAGACGCGAUCUUGAAUCUGACCGGCGAGGAGGAUACCCUUGCUGACACUGCCUCAUACGCCCGGGACUUCCUUAAUAGGUUCUCUAAAUCUGAAGGUUCGUUGCGCGCAACACGGAGUUCCCUCUUGCCGCCUUUCAACGAGGCAAUGACCGUUCCAACACAGGUUAACUAUGUUGGUAAGGGCGGCAAUGUGUACAAGGCAGGAUAUCAACUCCAGGGUAGUGCCUUUGUCAUCACCAACUACAUCCAGGGAAAGUGGUUAUGGGAGGAAGUGCGGAUAAAGCGGGCGGCGUAUGGUGCGUACUGCUCGUUGGAUGCGAUCACAGGCUUUCUUGCGUUCCUGUCCUAUCGCGAUCCGAACGUGGUCUCCACACUGACGACGUUCGAUAAGACUGUGACCUUCCUGGAGGAGCUGUCGAUGAAUGACGACACGCUGACAAAGGCAAUCAUCGGGGCAAUCGGGAGUUUCGAUCCGUACUCUCUCCCGUUUGUUCAAGGAUACACAGCCUUCAUCCGGUUUGUCGCAAAGGUGUCAGAUGAGGAGAGGCAAGAGUACAGAGAGGGGAUCUUGUCAACAAAGGUUGAUGAUUUCCAUGACUUUGCAAAAUGGCUCAAAAAGGCAAUGUAUGGAAACAAGGGUUUUGUUGCGAUUGUUGCGUCUGAGGGUGCCGUGGCAGCUGCUAUUGCACAGGAACCAGGCCUUAACCUCAACGUUACGCAUGUUCUUUGAUAGAUUGUCUAUGGCCGUAAAAAAAAUUGUUCGUCAUUGUGCAGUUUGUUGGGAGGAGGACCAUGCACAGGGGGUCAAAGGAAGAACUAGAGAGUACUCAGGGAUUGGAAUGACCCUUGUAAUAGUUCGAUGAUGUUAUCAAAUAUGUGCUAGUAUA